AUGGCCAAGUCGUUGCGUGCAAGUUCUCAUCUAAAAGCCAAGUCCGUUAAGCGGCGCCAUGUGUUCCAGAAAGUGGUCGACGCGAGAGCCGCCAGGAUAUCAGAGAAGCUGAAGGGGGAUCUCGUCCAACAGAAGCUAAAGGAAAUGAAGGACGGAGGAGCGAUGGAGGUGGACGACUCAAAGAAGGAAGUCCGCAAGAUAAGCACCAGUGGCUGGAGAGACGCCCGCCACCACAACUACAAGAAGGCUAAGAAGAUAAAGAACUCCAAGAAGAAGGGAUCUUUCACCAAGUUCUAA